AUGUCUUCGCCUUCAAUGUUCGAUCGUAUUUCUAGUCCUCGUCAGCGACUAUCCAAUCCUUUGCGAAGCCCUCCGAUUCGAGAAGUCAGCGAAUAUGACUUGGAUGAGCUUGAACCUCGGAGUGACGACGUUCUUUUCGACCAGGAACCUCCACUCCCUAGACUUAGAAAGAAUAUGCAGCCUGUAUCAGCUACAUCUACUCGUCGAUCUUCCUCCCCUGCUUCAUGGGACAGCAAACACCGCUAUUCCAACUCCCCUCCUCAUACUAGAUCUAAACCGAUCUUUGCAGGGCCACCGCCUCCGAUCGCAUCUUCCAUGAUGAUGAACCAACACCCGUCUCGACAGUCUACUGUAUCAAGUCACGGAGAUAACGGAAGGGGAUACGGAUUGAUUUCAGCGAGUAGGUUUGGGUCGAAUAGCCCGAGCCAGAAGCACGUGGACAACCGACCACGACUCGAUUCAAUAUGGAGAAGUCUGCAGAGGCGAGAAAAGGCCUUGGAACGAGACAUCCAGCAACUACUGGAUCUUCAAGCCUCUGGCCUAAUUGCUGGUAGUGGGGAGGGAUCCGAAAGUAAUUUUGGAAGUGACACGACUACAGGAGAGAGCACAUUUUAUUCCACGGCUACGUCCAAGUCUCGCAUGAUGAACUCAUUGCAUAUGCCAACGCGAUCUACACCAGAUGGAAAUGUAAUCCCCGUGAGACAGCCUGUGUCAAACAAACCUCGCGGUCUCAAGUCAGCUCGAGUUGGUUUACAGCGUUCUAUGGCCGCUUUGUCUGAGCUCAAGGCCGAGGAAGAUUUACACUUGAGCACUGCCCUUGAGCAAAGAAAGGAUGCCUUGGCUUAUCUUGACAAGAUGAGUAAGAGACGGGAUGACAUUUAUUCUGAACUUCAUGCGCUGGAAGAUGAUGAGGAGGAGCCCUUGGGUCAAGAACUCCGAUCGCUGGAAUCAGAACAGCAAGAACUGGAUCACGAUAUCCAGCGCCUCGAAGAAAAACUGGCUGGAGCAAAGAGGCGCCGCAGGUGGGUGCGAGAAAAGAUGGAAGACGUCAAGGGUCGACGAGAGGCAGGUUUGAGUGGAUACAGGGCAGCCGGCAGAGAUGUCGAUAUGGAAGUCAGAACAAUGAUGCAAACGCCACCCAUUGCGCCGUUGGACAUUGAUGCUCUUGGCUACGGUGAAAGCACGCGACCGAAAGAAAAUAUGGACAUACUGCGAGGUACCGAAUUUCUACAACUCCGCCCCGAACGCCGUACGGUGGAAAUGGCAAGAACAUGGUGGCAAGGAGAAAUUGCCGCUCUUGAGCGUCGCAAGGCACAAAUUUCACAAGAUCGUCAAGCUUUAAUCGAAGGCUCAGAGGUAUGGUCUGAUGUCACUGGACUGGUCGCACAAUUUGAGGCAAAACUUCGAGAGCUUGUCAGAUCUAGCCAAGCUGGGGAUGCCGAUGAAGAGCCUCAACAAGCUGCCAUGCAAAGUCAGCUGUCUGAAAUGGAUGACGUCGUUCAAGAGUUACAGAAGCGACUACAGUUGGCCGAAUCAAAGCACUGGAAUCUUCUCAUAUGCGCAAUUGGUGCUGAGCUAGAGGCGUUUGUUGAAGCUAAAGCUCUUCUGAGAGAUACCCUUGGACUCCCUGAGCCAGCCGCUGCGGUCGAUUCUCCUGAGCUCAGUGAUUCUACGGACAAGGCAGAGGAAGCGAGUCAAGAAGAACGAGCGGAAAGUCACGACGAAAGUGAUAACGAAGUUCCCGCCGACUUGCUGGUCUCUCGAAUAGAGGACCAUGAUCAUGAUUCUCCAGACAGUCCCCAGCAACAGAGUGUGGUGCUGAGACGAGGAAGCGCUGGGAAUAACGAGGUACCGGUCGAGUUCUUAGCGGACCUUCACGGUCCGGACAAGAUUGAACAGGAUACCGAGAUUACGGCAGUGACAAGGCUUAUGAGUAAAUAG